AUGGCGCCAUCAUUUGACAUUAAGAAGCUCGCAAUGAUCGGCUGCGGCAACAUGGGCGGCGGCAUGGCCCUCCUCUUCGCCGAGCACGGCGUCAAAGUCUCGCUGCAGGACCCUUCCGAGGAAGCAAUGGACAAGGUUAUCCAAAAGGCAAAGGACUGCCCGCAUAUCCCGGCCGGCAGUGUCAGCAAGUUUUUUGACUACGAGUCUCUCUGUGCCUCUCUGAACAGCCCCAGGGUCUUCGUCUUCUCGCUGCCGCACGGCUCCGUCGGCGACACGGUGCUCGGUGGCUUGAUGCCGUACCUAGACAAGGGCGACAUCAUCAUUGACGCGGGCAACGAGCAUUGGCAAAACACCGAGAGAAGGCAGGGCAAAUGCUCCACGAGAGGCGUGAGGUACAUCGGCAUGGGCGUGUCCGGAGGAUACCAAGCCGCAAGACAAGGACCGAGCAUGUGUCCGGGUGGGGAUGAUGAAUCGCUGAAUCUGGUUCUGCCUUUGUUGAAGAAGGUUGCUGCGAAGGACAACAACGGCACUCCUUGCGUGGGCCAGGCUGGAACUGGAGGCUCCGGCCAUUAUGUCAAGAUGAUCCACAACGGCAUUGAACAUGGGAUGAUCAGCGCCGUUUCAGAAGCGUACGACAUCAUGAGGAAAGGUCUGGGUAUGAGCAAUGAGGAGGUAGGGAGCGUGUUUGAGCAAUGGAACAGCAAAGGAGAGCUGCAAGGAACGUUCUUGAUCUGGAUCAGUGCAGACAUUUGUCGCAUAAAGGACAAGUCUCGCAACGAUGAGUAUGUCGUCGAUACAGUAGAAGACAAAGUCGUCCAAGACAUCACCGGCGAAGAAGGCACCGGCAUCUGGAGCAACGAGGAGGCCGUCGCCCAGCAUAUCCCUGCUCCGACCUUGACCACAGCUCACUACCUGCGUCUUGCAUCUGCCUACCGCUACCAGCGCGUGAGGACUCAGCAGACCAUCGGCGGUGAGUUCCCGCCGCAGCCCCUUGACCUUGCUGGGCAAUCCAAGCAAGACUUUCUUGAAGCGCUGCGACGAGCCACGUACGCGGCCUUUCUGGCCAGCUACAUUCAAGGCAUCAACGUCAUCGAGAGCGCGAACAAGGCCAACCACUGGAACAUCGACUACGGCGCCGUCCUUCAAAUCUGGAGGAGCGGCUGCAUCAUCCAAGCCGACCACAUCGCCUCCCUGCUCCACCCCAUCUUCACCAAUUACCGCGCGCUCGACACCAUCAACCUCCUCUUCCAGCCAACCGUCAUGACAGAGCUGAAGGCUUGCGUCGCGGCGCUGCGGGAAGUUGUUGUGAAAGCUACAAUCGCAGACCACAUCAUCCCGGCGCUCAGCGCGAGCCUGGAGUACGUCAAGUACCAGACGAGCACUUCACUUCCCAUGAGUUUCGCCGAAGCGCAGCUGGACUACUUCGGCGCACACAUGUACGAUCGGAAGGGCGAGGAGGGCACGGGUGCACCGACUGAAGGCAAAUAUCAUUUUGAGUGGAAGCCGGCCAAGAGCUCUAUUGCGUGA